AUGACAUCUGAAGAAGUCGACACAGACAACAGCGAAAACUCACGCAGCGAUGUGAGUGCUUUAGAUGCUGGUUUUAUGAAAAUGGAAAUCGAAUCCCCAAGCUUUGAAAAAGAAUUUUCUGAUAGUGAAUUAAUUAUAUUGACAGUAAAUCCAACUUCGCGAGAUAAUACAAUCUAUCCUAUUGAUUGUUAUCGUCAUUUCAUUAUUGAUGAAACAAUGGUCCCAUCCCAGGUCAACGAAUCCGAUGCUGGAUCCGACCAUCUGACAAAAUCCGAUCGGAUUCCUGGAAACGGAAUUGCAUUGGAAUCCGACUAG